CAUAAUUCACAACGAUUCAUUAAUUCUUCUUUCUCGUUUAGCUCAAUAAUUUUACAGCUUUCGUGAUAAUGGAGAGCAAGGUAAUUUCCAGUGAAUACAUAGAACCAUCUUCUCCGACGCCGGCACACCUCAGGACCUACAACCUCUCGAUGCUCGACCAGAUCAUGGUACCAGUUUUCAUCCCCAUUGUCCUCUUCUUCCCUCCUUGUUCGAACAACACUGCCAACGACUUACAUGUUUCCAAGACAUCGAAACAGCUGAAACGCUCGAUUUCGACCAUUCUUACCCGCUUCUACCCUUUCGCCGGAAGAGCCGUCCCCGACAAGCAAUACAUCGACUGCAACGACGCCGGGGUUCAUUUCAUUGUCGCCCGAUUUCCAGGUCAACGGCUGUCUGAUCUUCUUAAAAAACCAGACAAGGAUUUGUCCGAUCAGCUCUUGCCUAGGAAAGUCAGCUGGGAUUCUGAAAUGGAUUCUCAGUGUAGAAUUUUACAAAUCAAACUAAACUAUUUUGACUGCGGCAGCGUCGCCAUCGCGGCCCUCUUUUGGCACAAGGUAGCUGAUGCUGUAACAAUGGUGAAUUUCUUGAAGGCCUGGGGAAGUGCAAAUCGAGGAAGCAAAGAAGGAGUUUGUCCUAAUUAUAUCUCCCAACUUCUCUUCCCACAUAAGGAGGAACUGCUCGAAAAACGUCCCCCAGCGCAGCUCCUUUUCAAUGAAGGAAAAUGGGCAACUAAGAGAUAUGUCUUCGACUCCAUUGCAAUUUCGUCCCUCAAGGCCAAAUCAGGCCUGGAGAACCCUACCAGGGUGGAGGCUGUCUCAACAUUUCUCUGGAACUGUUUCAUUACAGCAUCCUUAAAAAAUGGCAAAUCAGCUUCAGCCAUGGCCGUUGCUGCCAACUUGAGAGGGCGAGCUCAUCCUCCCUUCCCAUCAGAUUGUUUCGGGAAUUUCAUUUCCAUUACAACAGCAUCAAGCAUAAAUCGAACAACAGGAGAAUACAAAGAGCUAGCAAGGAAAUUUAGGGAUACCAUUAAAAAAGUGGAUGGUGAAUAUGUUAGCAGUAUACAAGGAGAUGGAGGGCUUUUGGGGUUAGAGAAGAUACAGUCGAUGUAUGCAGAAGUCCCCGAUGGGGCCGAUCUUCUGUCUGUGUCAAGCUGGUGCCGAUUUGGUGGUUAUGACAUUGACUUUGGAUGGGGAAAGCCUCUUUGGAUGACAACAUAUGUCCAUGGAGGUAGUGAUAUGGAGACAUCCAAGUACAUUAAUCUAGUUGGGUUAAUGGACACCAGAAACGGGCAUGGAAUCGAGGCGUUGGUGACUCUUGGUGAGACAUACAUGCCCUUCUUCGACGCCAUUGAAGAGCUGCACGACCUCGCUUGCGUAGAACCAAGUCCGCUGGACUACGUGCAUUCUCUUGAGUAAAUAUUUUCUAUAUGGAGUAAUCAUAAUUACUAUCUCGUAAAAAUAUCCUCAUGAUUUUAAGUAGGAAUUUUAAUAAAAAUAUGGAUUUUGGUUACUUUUUAAUUUUUAUGGUAAAUAAAAAUAUAUAAACCGUACUCCAUCUGUUUCGGUCCAAAGGAAUCUUUGGGGUUUUGUAGUAAUUAAAAAA